AUGGCGGCCAAUAGCAAACUUUUCAAAGUUAGUGGAACAUCCUUGAAGGACCCUACUGAAUACAGGAGUGUUGUUGGGGCUCUACAGUAUGUUACUACUAGGUCUGAUAUAGCAUUCGUGGUAAAUAGGGUGUGCCGGCUUCUUCACACACCGACAAUUGAUCAUUGGGCUGCCGUAAGGCAUAUACUGCGUUACUUGAAAGGCACCAUUGACCAUGGGCUUUUCUUCGCUUCCAACUCAUGCCCAUUAUCUAUUCAGGCAUUUUUAGAUGCCGAUUGGGCGGGGUGUCCGGAUGACAAGAGAUCCACAAGAGGAUAUGCGAUAUUCCUAGGCCAGAACUUCAUAGCUUGGAGUUCCAAGACAUAG